CUAUGGAUGAAAAUGUUAGCUUUAGAGUUUCCAGUAAAUGAGAUCAAGAAAGAACUAGAGUGUAUCAUUUUAGACAUUGUUAGUGAUAGAGUAUUUAACAUACCAACAAUGCAAUUGAAAUUACAAGCAUUUGUUUGUGCUGAGACUGAAAAAAGAACUCAAUUUCCUGACUCUCUGAGGAAUGUUUUUCUAAAUGUAGCAGUUGAAAUUUUAUCAUUCUCAGGAAACGAAAUUUAUGAUCAGUCAGUAGCUUUGAAUUUCGAUAAAGUAUUUCACUUAAUUAUUAAAAUUAUUGAAGAAAGAUAUGUUGAGAACAAAUUAUUUGAAGUUUCUCUUAAUGAUCUGUUAAAUUAUGAAUUUUGGCCUUCAUUUUUAAAAUUGUACAAUUCUGAAUUUGGGCAAAAACAAAAAGGUAUUUGGAAAUUUAUAGUUGAAUGUGCCCUUGGUAAGUUAGAGAGCCUUUGUUCCGAUAUUCAUGGAGGAAACAUAUCUUUUAUUGAAAUGAAAACCAUCAGGAACAAGCGACUACAAUUAAAUUUACUAUGUGAUGUCAUUAAACCAGCUCGAUCAAAUGAACUGCAAAAUGAUGUUAUAGAACGAUUAAAAGAACUUGAUUAUUUUGAGAAUUAUGUACUGAAACUAAAAUAUUUUCUUUGUCACAUUAGAAACAAAUUGAUUGAUGCUUUUGCUCAAUUAAUAGAUGAAAAGGAGUUUAGGAGUUCACAUUUUCAAUGUGUCUAUCAGUACCUGAGGAGACAUAUUAGCCAUUCUCCAUUAGACAGAUUUUCUUAUAAUCCUAGAGUAUUUGAAGGAGAAAAUGUUGAAUGUUUACAAGUCUUAUUGAAGCAGUGUGGAGUGAAAGAUCCAUCAUGGUCUGAAUUAAAACAUUUUGUUGAUUUUCUCAAUACUCAAUUGAGAUCUUGUGAAAGCUCAAUAUUCUGCAAUGAAGAUAUUGUUGGGGAUGUCAUGCCUGGACUUAAGACUUUUGUAGUCAAGUUUAUGAUCAGAAUGUCCAAG